AUGAAAAUGAGUGCAAGACGAAGUCGUAGAAUGUGUAGUACAUAUGUAUCUGUUAGAAGCAAUCCCAACUGCCUAUGUAACUGCCUAUGUAAUUUUUCUUCAUUUCCGAUUUCAACACGUUGAUUUUGCGAAAUUUCGAGAAGAUUAUAAAUGAAAUAUCGAGCUUAAUGUGUAUAUAAUUCAGUAUAUUUCAGCUCGUUAAAGAAAAACUUAAGAAUAGGAAGUAACGAACAUCUAAGAUUUAUGAGAUUUAAAUGAACAUGACGGGAUUAUGAUUAUUUAGAGAAUAUUGCGUGUUCCGAGAAGAAAAAAGGAUUUUACAACCAAUCCUUUCGCUUACAUUAAGCAAGGUAAAAUGUUUCUAUAAUAUAAACUUAAUCAAAAUGGAAUAAUUUUAAUCUUGAAUAUUUCCUGAUUAUUUUAAACUUUUUCUUUUCUAGCUUCUAGAUUCUUUUCUAUUAAUAAAAAAAAUGGUCAAUGAAAAAGAACUUCUGACAUAUUAACAAAUUCAUGGGAUAUAUUAUUUAUUUUUAUAUAAUAUUAAUAUUGUAAAUCUUGUGUAAUUAAACAAUUCAAUGUUUGAAUCAACAAUGUUUUAAUGAUCAAAUGAUCGAUAUCAGUGGCGAUAAAAUAUUCUCCACUCUCUGCAGUAGCAGAAAAGAGAAACAUUAGAAUAAAUAAGAAUAGGAAGGAAAACAAGGAUAACUAGCGGCAUGAAUCGAGGGGAAAGCAGAAUGCGUUAGCAUUCGUGAAAGGAAGAAGAAGGAAACGAAAGCGGGCUCUCUCUCACGUUCUUACGCAGCGGAGAAGAUGCUCUCGUAAGAAAUCUUACCUGCGAAACCCUGGAAAACUAUCGAGAAAGAAAUAGGGGUGGGGGUAGAGAAGAGCAACGUCUGCCAAGAGGCAACUUUCACAUGGUCACCACGUGAAUCCCCUUUUCAGCUUCCUGGAACAUCACGGGAUCAAGAGUAUCAACUUGAAAGGUCAUUCCUCGACCUCCUUUGAAAAAAUUGGAACGAAUUUCGAUCUAACCUCCUUAUCGUUCUCUCUCUUUCUCUCUUUUCACUCGCUUCUCUUUUUAUAGCAAAGUUCAAUUAUUCCUAUAGUUAAGGAAAUAUAUAUAUAUAUAGCAAAGAAAAUUAUUGCUAAGACAAAUUAUUGCUCUAUACAUUUUUUCAUAAUAAUUAUUGAAUUAAUCAUUUUUUAAUAUAUUAAAACAUUUAUCACAGUUUGUGUUCAAACAUAAUUUUUACUUAAUGCACGCACACAGUUAAUGUGCUAAAUCAAGUAAGAGCAAAAAGAUUUAGAUAAUGUCUUUGUCAUGAUUGCUUUUCACUGAUUAUUUUCCUAACUUGUAGAUUAUAUUUAUGGAUACAAAGAUGUAUGGUCAAGACAGCUUUUCAGAAGAUUUGCUAAAGAGGCAAGAAAGAUGGAAAGUAGAAGAGUGGUUCUAUUAGUCCUUAGUGAGUAUAACUAUUAAUUGAAUAAAAUGAGUAAUAGUUUUAAGAAUUUUAAAGAAUUAACGUACAUCGUAAGAAAAGUUUCGACAUAGGAUGAGAAAUUUCCUCAGGGCUACUUUUUUUUCAUGGAAACUAUUUAUUUUAAGGAUACCUUGUAUUCAGGUUAGGCAGAAUUUUGAAAUAGAAAGCGUGUACUGCGAUGAGUAAUACUUCAGAAAAAACUACUGAAGUGAAAUUACCAGCUGAACAUUGUAUUGACCUGUGAAUAAGGUGAAUGUCUCAACAAAAAACAAGAUUUUCGAAACUCAAUGACAGUAGUUGGAACCUGGAUAAGUCAGGUAGUAAAAGAUUCAGUGCAGCGGUUAAUAAUAAUAUCCUUUGGUGUUACAAGACUUAUCACCUCACAGUUGCACUUUCUCUUUCUCAACGACCAUUAAAGGCAUUAAUUACACACUCCUCCCUGAUAAUGCAGAGAGGAAGGAAAAAGCUAAUGAAACAAAGCCAUUAAAUAUGGUGGCCUUAGAAAAAGCUGGUCGUGGAAAAGAUCGAUCGUCCGUUUAAAGAGGAAGGCGUCGAUUUCCGCGUCUUCUUCGGGAAAGGCGUCGUGACGCAAGCUAGAGAAACUUUCACUAUUCUUAAACAGCCACUAAUCAAGAUGAAGACUGUC